AUGAAGCUCAUCCUCUUCCUUCUCCCUCUCCUGGCCUCCGCCCUCCCCUCCCCCGACGCCAACCUCGACCUCGACACCCGCGCUCCAACCCUCUGCUCAACCUGCAGCCCCUUCCCCGAGGAAAACAAAUGCCACCCGACGACCUCGUGCGUGUACAACUGGGGCCACCAAGGCCCCAACGGACCCUACUACUGUGCCUGCCGCCAUGGCUAUAAGGCCAACCCCCGCGAAGUCGGCGCGGACCCCUCCGCGCAGUGGCGCCUGCAGUGGCCGAGCCAGGAAGGCAGGGUCUUUGUCCGCCCGGGGAUCAAGUGCGAUACCUUGUGUGAUAACUGGGAGCAGGGUGCUGCAGGGUGUAGGGAGGUUUAUCAGAAUCCGUAUUGCACGUAG